AUGUUAAUGGAAUUAAAUAUCAAGUUGCAGGGUAAAGAUCAACUUAUUAGUAAAUUAUAUGAAAAUGUAGAAACAUUUGUUUUGAAAUUGAAACUUCUCAAACAACAAUUAAGUCAAAAAUCACUUAUCCAUUUUAAAACAUUGUCAGAAAGAAAUACCAACACAGUUGACUAUGAAAAAUAUUGUAAUCUUAUUUUAAAAGUAAUUGAUGAAUUUGACACAAGAUUUUGUGAUUUUAAAGAAGUAAAGAAUGAGUUAGACUUAUUUUCACAUCCAUUUUCCAUUAAAGUUGAGACAGUAAGAGAUGAAUUUCAAAUGGAAUUAAUAGAACUACAAAACAAUAAAGAUUUGAAAGAUGCUUACAAAGAUGUUGAAUUGUUAGAACUUUAUAAAAAAUACAUGAACAUUGAAGUUUAUCCACAUUUGUGCAAACACGCUAUGAAAUACUUUUCCCUUUUUGGAAGCACAUACAUCUGUGAACAAUUUUUUUCAAGAAUGAAACAUGUUAAAUCAGAGCAGAGACAUAGGUUGAAAGAUGAACACCUCACUGAUACACUUCGGAUUUCAUCGUCCACUAUAAAAGCUGACAUUGAUCAAUUGUGUAAAAAUAAACAAUGCCAAGUUUCCCAUUAA